AUGCUUACACCGACGACGCCUUCACCGGAUAUGGAGGACCUCGUGGCGAUUGUGCAGGACUUCUCAUUGCUUGCUGUCAACACAUUCGGCAGGAAGAACAGCUACACUUACAUCCAUGAGGGGUGCAAGCCGGUACGCCGCUCCUUCAUUGACUACAUGUUUGUUAGGCAGAACAAGCACAGUGAUUACAAGUCUGGACUUCUGCGUGAUUGGCAGGUUGCGCGCUGGCGCAAAGGUGGAAGGCAUCUCCCGGUUUGGUCACGAUUUUCUAUACGAAGGUUCAGGACUCAGAAACCACAGCAGAAGCUUGAAUGGCCUCGAUGGCGCUGCCGCCUUCUUUCACAGGCCAUCACGGAGCAGCCACAGUUGGCCGAGCGCUACACAGAGCAGGUUGCCGUCGCGUUGCAAGCUGUUGAUAAGUAUGAGCCCAAGAAGUUGAACGCCCUGCUGCUGGAGGUCGGGAGAAAGGUCUUUCAUGUUCAACGACCACCCAGCUUGCCGCCGCCCUGGACUGGAGCGCAACACAUCGGCGGCAUCAAGGACAUGUGGCAACAUUAUCGACUCAUGCGCAGGUCCUUCGAGGAGGCCAAUCGUUCUCGUGUGGGGCGACUCCGCAUGGUUCAGAAGCACUCUCGACAACUACGCCGGACCAGGUUGGCACAGCUGCUUCAGGAGGCGGAUGCCCACACACGCUCAGGUUGCAGUCAGGCGCUCUUUGAUCUCAUUCGGAGAGUGGCACCCAAACAAGCACGAAAACGAGCGCAACUGCGGUCCAAGGAGGGCAAGCUGCUUACUCCGGCUGAGGAAGCCCGUGCCCUACAGGAUUUCUGGCGAUCGGUGAAUGGCGCACCAGGGUCGCUCCUUCGUUCGGGACAGGCUUCCAGCUACAACGUGCUGCAGCAGGACAUUGAGCAAGCCCUACGCGAUCUUCAGGCGAGCAAGGCUGCCCCGCCCCAUUGUGCUCCACAUGCCUUCUGGAAACUGGCCUCUUCCCCAGUUGCUGAGUUUAUGGAAGAUAAGGUUUUCUCAAGCUGGCGAGAGGAUCACGCGUGGGUCCCAGAUGAUUGGUCGGCGGCAUGGCUGGUGUUCCUGCAUAAAGUUGGCAAGGCCAACGACGACCCCGCGUCAUUACGGCCCAUCGCGCUGCUAGACCCAAUGGGCAAAGCAGUCAGCGGUGUUCUGAAGAGGCACCUCGAACCAUAUCUGUUGAAGGCAACUGCCACAUUGCCACUUUAUGGCUAUCUAGCGAACAGAUCCCCGCAACAGGCCCUCACGGUGGUCUAUGAGCACUGCGACAGAGUUCGAACUGCAGCCCGAGCCCAAACUCGAUCCUGGUACGAACUACGAGCGGGACAGAAGAGGUCAUCGUGUGCAGGGGGCCUCCAGGUCAGUGUGGAUUUUUCUCAAGCGUUUGACCGUGCAGACCGCCAACUUUUGGUGCGUGCCUUGCAAUUUCUUGAAGUGCCGGAUGACUUGACCGAUGUGAUUCUCAGGUGGACCCAGAAUACGGUUUUUCACAUUGACAAGGCCGACGCGUCUGAGCAGUAUCAUUCUAGUACUGGCAUCCGCCAGGGAUGCAAGUUGUCCCCUACAUUGUGGUGUUGUCUGUACACCUAUGUGCUACAUGUUCUUGACCAACAACUUGGUGCGGAGUGGAGCUUAGAGCACCUGCUGGGAUUCGCGGAUGACACACACCUGCGAUGGGAGUUUCAGGAUCGAGAAGGCCUGCUCAAGGCCCGUGUUGAGGCAGGACGUGCACUCAGCAUUCUUGAGGACCUCGGUUUCUGCAUUAGUCGGGAUAAAACAGUAUGCCUGCUCAAGGCGGAGGGUGUCCAAGUUCCACACCUGAUGCGCAAAAUCACGCGCAAACGCCUGCAGCCCAAAGGCACUCUGCUGGUUCUCGAUGAGAGAUGGACGUUACCGCUCAAGCGCGACCACAUCUACUUAGGAGCCGUGAUCUCAUAUGGCAACUACGAGAUGCUCAAUGCACAACAUCGCAGACAUGCAGGACAAGCGGCCUUUUCACGCAUGCGCACUACGCUUAUGUCGCACCGUGCUCUCUCCCUCGACAAGAGGCUGCAUCUGUGGCGUACCAUUGUCCUGCCGGCCACUCUGUAUUCCUUGUCUUCUUCAGGAUACACCAGGAAAUCCUUUGAUCUCAUCGGGGUCGUGAUGGUCAGGCAGAUUCGUGCCAUUGCCCGCAGUCCGAGACACCUCACUGAGGAGAGUGGUCUGCAUCUACUACAACGCCUACGGCUGCCUCAAAUACAUGAGAUGCUGCUUCAGGUCCACAGUCGAGUCGUUGAGGCUUCCACUUCUUUGCGCCAGAUCCUUAGUCCACAAGAUGUACGUCUCACGCAGGAUAUCGUCCAGUGUGAAUGUCGGCUCCUUGAGGUUUUCAAGCAACUUGUUGCUACGGAUGCAAAGGCUGCUGGCACGCCGAACAGGCUCACGUGUGAGCACUGCGGGCAAUCCUUUGACAAUGAUGCAGCCCUGCGGCAACACAAAGGUCGUAUGCACAGCAAAACCAGAAUGGAGGCGGCACCCACGGUGUUCGACAGGCAACAACAUGGCACUGACGGCAUGCCACGUUGCCGUGGAUGCGGGCAUCCCUUCGCUAGGUGGGCGGACCUUCAGAAGCACAUCGAGGAGAACCACUGCCAAGGCAAAAUCCAGGAGGAAGCGCCCGCCCCUGAAGAGCGGUCCUCCGUUAUGCAACAGGCUCGCGCUGGUACGCUACAUGUACAAUCGCUCACUCUGUCCAUGCUGACGGACGAGCUUAGGCUGGAGCUGCUCUCACAUUGUGCGUGUUGUAGACAGUGGAUGCCCAACUCCAGAUACGUCAAGAUGCACUGGAAUCGAGUGCACAAAGCUGAAUCCCAACAGUUUCAGGCUCGUACACUUCAGUGGCGUCGUCUUUCUUUUGAGCCCAUCAAAAACACCUGUCCUUGGUGUCAGGGAACAACUGCGGAACGCUCGGAUCAUCGGGACACUUGUCCGGUCGUCUUUCAGCUCAGUAUGGUUCGGGCCAUCAUCCUGUGCACAGACGAGGCUGAAUCUCCGGAGGCUGAGACAAUGAUGCCGGACAUGACUAUUCCAGCAAAAGCCGACGCGGAGAUUCAAGAGGUGUUCGGAGCCCUGGUUGCGGAGAGCGGGCUGCUGAUGGGCCUCGGAGCGGGCUCAAACUUGGGCAAGCGAAACUCGGAGAAUCCGCAGGGACCCACAGCGAGCCGACCAGCCAAAACGGGCCGCCUCAACAACGGCCAAAAGGGCGGGCGAGGCAAAGGAGGGCGACCGUGGCAUCAGCAGAGCAGACGAUUUGUUUCCGAGUCCAGCCACCAGCAGCAGCAGCAGGAGGAGGUGAGCAUGGAGGACCUGUUGAGGCUCCUGUCUUCGAUCAUCAUGCGACACGAAGACCAGUUGAAGAUUCUGAGGCAAUCAACGGGAUGGGUGUUGUUCGCCAAAACAGCAUCCCCGUCCAUUGUACCGGGGAUCAUCAAAGCCUCCCUGAAGUGGAAGGACGAGGUGGUCAAGCCGGACUGCAAGUUCGCACAUGUGAGCUUGCGCGCAAUCCUCUUCUGGAAUCUGGUGGAGCAGAUGUUAGCAGUGCUACAGGGUCUUACGCAGGACAUGAAGGACAAGGCUGUGGAAGAGGGGUGGAUGAACAGAGCGGGAGCAUGGGUGUUUCAGGAGUGGUCGCACGAGAAGCACUGCCUACAGGUCGACAGCGCACGGGACCCAACGACGACGGAGGAUCUCCUCAACAUCCUACGAGAGCUGAAGACGCUCGCGACCUCGGAGGUGAUCUCGGCGUUCUUUUCGAAUCGACCGCUGACGGAACACAUGCAAGGGCACAUGGUAGUGUUCCAGCUGGAUGUGUCGUUCAGAAAGGAGGACAGGCCGCCCUUCAACUGUGCGGUGUACAACUACGCAAAGAGGGCUUUCGGAGAUCGCCGGCGGUGCAGAAGCUGGCAGAGCUGCUUCGAUGAGGAUCCUACGCUUGACGGCUCCUUCGGCAGUCAGCUGAUGUUCAACUUCGCUCUUCGCGGAUGGAGGUCACCGGCAAUACAACACGAUUGUGCAGAGUUCUUUUCUCACAUCAUUGACCGCUUGAGCAUCACAGCAUUUGAAGGUGAGUGCGGAAGCACGUACAACGGUUGCGGACUCUCCGGGACAGUUUCGAUGUGA